AAUGGUUAAAAAAUUAAUGUAUGGGAUUUCAUACACCGACUCUGAAUUCUGAAACCAUUCUCUUUCUUUAUAUAGAUAUAUAGUAUGGCUCUCUUGUAGUUAUCUUCAUCACCCCACCUCCGGCCCCUUUCUCGCGCUCUUUUCUUUUUUCUUUCUUUUUCAAGCCAUCUUCUUCUACCUCUUCUUAUUCUCUUGUUUUUCAGCAUAUAUAAUUCAACUCCUCCUUCAGUAAUGGUGGAUCUUCAAACUGUCUGCUGCAUGUGCGGCGACGUUGGUUUUCCUGACAAACUCUUCCGCUGUAACAAGUGCCACCACCGCUUUCAACACUCGUAUUGCAGCAACUAUUACAGCGAGUUGGCAGAGCCAAUUGGACUGUGUGAUUGGUGCCAAAGCGAAGAAAGAAACUCAAGGCAUGGAAGCUCUUCAAAGAAAUCAUCAGGUGGAAACGGAAGUGGAAUAAUCGUAAACCGAUCCGAGUAUUCGGGUGACAAGAUCAAGCAACACGAUCGAGACGAGAGUAGUGGUGGUGAUCACAAAGGAAAGAGCAGCGGCACUCCUUCUCCCAGGCCUACCACACGCAGGUACAAGCUUCUCAAGGAUGUCAUGUGUUGAGAAAAAAGAACCUCUCUUCCACCCCCAAAAGAAAGAGUAAAGAAAACCAACUUUUUUGGUGUGUUGAUAGUAGCAAAAUGUUUAUAAGGUGUGUUUUCUUUUGAGGUUAUGGAUGCAUUUUGUUGACAGUAUGGUUUUCAGUUUCACUUUUUCCCUGUAAAUUGUUAAUAAAAUAAUGUACAACUUUUUUUUAUCAAA